AUGUUGGCUAUUUUAUCAAGCUGUGGAAAUGCACUGGUGUUUUUGACGGUGGUAAGCUUUUCCGAGCUCCUCAUUUCUUCCAAUAUUGGCUUAGCAAGCCUAGCGGCGGCAAACUUUUUCGAGGGUGUACUCAUUCACUGUUUGUGCGCCCAGGGUAGUUUUCUUGUUCUUGAGGACGGCUGUCCUCUACCAACUCUUGAACUUAAAAUCGUCCAGUUUCUUACGAACAUCUUCGUGUACAGCGCAGUGCUUAAUCUGGCACUUGUGACGCUUGAACGCUACGUUGGUAUCAUUCAUUCCCUCCGUUAUCAUGCGAUAUUGUCCAGGCGAAGAAUGGUA